CUGUCACCUAAGAUUUCCUUCUGCAAUGCCCCCUGCAGACCACACCAUGAUUCAUUCACACACAAUCAAUUUUCCCUAUAAAUAAUCUCAUUUUUUCUUCAUACCUCUUCACCUCAUUACCAUAAGCUUUUCUUUUUGUUCCUUCAUCUCCUGGGAAAUGAAAAUGGAAACCCCAAUUUCUUCAUCUUUCUCCCUUAUUAUUUUCUUGAUCAUCACCCGUUUAAUGUCCAUUGUGGGAAAAGUGAAGAAACCUAAUUCCUCCUCUUCCUCCUCACCGCUUCCUCCCGAAAUUUUCUCCCUCGGAUUCGCGUCGAGGCUGCGCUCUGAUCCGGGCCCCGCCGCUUCCACCGACUUCGGGAAGAUAGUCGAAGAACCUCCCGCGGCGGUUCUUUACCCGACGUCCGUCUCGGACAUCGUCGACCUCGUGAAGUUUUCCCACGACAGCCCGUCACCCUUCGCAGUGGCAGCAAGAGGGCACGGGCACUCGGUCCGUGGCCAGGCCACGGCGAAGGGUGGGGUGGUGGUGGAAAUGACGUCUUUGGGUAGGAACCGGAGGCGGGGGGAGGGGAUUAGGGUUUCUUGGAGUGAUUCUCUAGGGUUCUUCGCCGACGUCGGGGGAGACGAGCUGUGGGUUGAUGUGCUACGUGCGAGUCUCGAGUACGGGCUCGCUCCGGUGUCGUGGACGGAUUACUUGUACCUAACCGUCGGCGGGACCCUCUCAAACGCCGGCAUCAGCGGCCAAACUUUCCGGCAUGGCCCUCAGAUCUCCAAUGUUCAUGAAAUGGACGUUAUAACAGGAAAGGGAGAAUUAUUAAGUUGCUCCAAAAAUAUGAAUCCAGAGUUAUAUUUUGCUGUUCUGGGAGGUUUAGGUCAGUUUGGAAUCAUAACUAGGGCAAAAAUUGUGUUAGAAAGAGCACCAACAAAGGUGAGAUGGGUAAGAAUGCUUUAUGAUGAUUUCUCAAAGUUCACAAGAGACCAAGAGCACCUCAUCUCAAUUGAUGAAGGUGGGCUAGACUAUGUGGAAGGCUCUCUCGUAUUGGACCAAAGCUCUCCAAAUAAUUGGAGAUCUUCCUUUUUCUCCACAUCCCAUCAAUCCCAAAUUUCCGAAUUGAUAUCCAAACAUGGCAUAAUAUACUCCUUGGAAAUUGUGAAGCACUAUCAUGAUGAUGAUUCUACUUCUUCUUCUUCUUCUUCUAAGGAAAUGGAGGGUUUGGUUGGAGGGCUGAGCUACAAGGAAGGGUUAGUUUUCAAGAGAGAGGCAUCAUAUUUUGAGUUUCUGAAUAGGGUAAGGGGUGGUGAGGUAAAGCUGAGGGAAAAAGGGGAGUGGGAUGUGCCACAUCCAUGGCUAAAUCUUUUUGUGCCAAAAUCCAGAAUCUUAGAUUUCAAUGUGGGAGUCUUUUUGGACAUCAUUCUCAAACACAACAACAACAACACAUCUGGUCCCAUCCUUGUCUACCCCACUCGCACCUCCAAAUGGGACAAUAGGAUGUCAGCAGUAAUCCCAGAAGAGGAGGAGACAUUUUACUGUGUGGGGCUGUUGCAUUCAAUAAGUGGGUUGAGUGAGUGGGAGGAUGCAGACAGGCAAAAUCAAGAAAUAUUGGAUUUCUGCAAUGGAGCUGGCAUCAAAAUCAAGCAAUAUCUUCCCCAUUACAGCUCCCUGGAAGACUGGUCAAACCAUUUUGGAUCAAAAUGGAACCUUUUCCAAAUGAGAAAAUCUCUUUUUGAUCCUAAAUUCAUAUUAUCCCCUGGCCAAAGAAUUUUUGUUGCUUCAUCAUCAUCAUCAGGUGCUAGAGGUGGUGAUGAUAUAUAUUGUUCUUCCUAAUUAAUUAGCUUGUUGUGCUAAGUUGAUGGAAAUUAAAUGUCAUAAUUAUACUAAAAUAUAGUGACUUUCCCAAUGUGGUAUCAUAUGUUUUCAUUUUUCAAUGUAAUAACACUGCUCCAUGUCCGAUCCACUCGUCAUUGUUUAACUAAAUGCUCAGUGUCACUGGACGUUACGCUGUUCAAACUGAAAUGAUAAAAAUCAGUCAUAAAGCUUAUUGGUUUUG